AUGAACCUGCUCCUCCUUUUCUCCCUUCUCAGCUCCCUCGCACUGGUCAACACUGCCAGCCCAACGAUAGGUCUGCUGCAAGUUUCUUCCCCAUUCAGGAAGGCCCUCCACUUCGCUCCUGCAUGGUUCGGUGCCGUAGUUCUCCCAACAGGAAGGACCACUGCAGAAGUCCAGUACGCCGGUGAUGCCUGCCAGUGCCUCGUAGGACGAGUCUCCGUGCGGAACAAGAUCGCGCUCGUCGAUCGCGGUCAGUGCAGCUUCCUACAGAAGGCGAUCCAUGCAGAGCAAGCGGGGGCUCUGGCGAUGAUAAUCGUCAACGAUACCAACGAUUACUUCAUCAUGACUGACGAUGGGACGCGGAGGAACGUGGGGCUCCACUCCUUCCUCGUGUCUAAGGCAGACGGGGACGCCAUCAAGGCAGCUCUUCCCUGCUCGCCCGGCCAGCAGACGCCCUGCGACUCCAACUCGGAGGGUGUGACAGUCUCGUAUGGGCUAGGCUUCGCAGUGAGGGCUCACUACCGCAGCUUCUAG